AUGAACCCAGAUGAAGAUGACGAAUACGAGGACUAUGUGCCCAUCAAGAAGCGAAAGGCGGCUAUGAAGGAAAAGCUUGUUUCUGACAGGCAAAAAGAGAGGAGAGAGGAAGCUGAGCGAGUCAUGCGAGAAAGACUCGCAGAGGAGAAGAAGAAAAGAGGAAUUGCCAACUCUUUGCUAGCAGUCUCUGCCAAGCUCAAAGCCGAAGAAGAAGCAAACAAGGACUCUCGGGAACAGGCUAUCAAAGAAAGCAUCAAGAAUGAAGAGGACAAAGCUGCUUUGAAGAAAGCCGACCAGUUGCUUGAGCAAGUCCAACUGCAGAUGAGCACUCCUUUGAUGUCCGUGAGAGAGCGAGCCAAGGGAAUCAUUUACAAAGAGAGGAUGCCAGCGAUUGGCGACUGGCGACCCAUCAAAAAAUAUCGUGAUAUGCCUGAGGAGGAGCGCGCCUCCAUCAGAGAAAAGUACUUCAUAGAGGUCAAUGGCAAGGAUAUUCCGUCGCCCAUCAAGCGCUUUGAGGAAAUGCGGCUCCCUAGAGGGAUCCUUGAAGGCUUGAAAGCCAAGGGUAUCAUGCGACCGACGCAGAUCCAAAUGCAAGGCAUUCCCUGCGGCUUGAUGGGUCGCGAUAUCAUUGGGAUUGCCUUCACGGGAAGUGGAAAGACAUUAGUGUUUGGUCUUCCGAUGAUCAUGUCGGCCUUGGAGCAAGAGCUUAGAGCAAAAGUUCAGCCCACAGAAGGCCCAUUUGGCUUGAUCAUUGCGCCUUCCCGCGAGCUGGCGCAUCAGACAUACGAGGUGAUCGAGUUCUAUACAGAUCACCUUGCAGAGUACCACAAGGAAUUUCCAAAGCUACGAUCAGUCCUGACGAUCGGAGGCCUCAGCACUGGAACGCAGGCAAUGGCCAUCAAGAAGGGCUGCCACAUGGUUGUGGCAACGCCGGGAAGGCUCAACGACCUUCUGACCAAAAAAAAGAUGUCUUUAGCACAGUGCCAGGUGCUGGUGCUGGAUGAGGCCGAUCGAAUGAUCGACUUGGGUUUUGAGGAGGAGAUUCGGAAUACCUUGGACCACUACCGAGGCCGGGUGGCAGCUGCAAUGACAACCAUGACAACCAUGACAACCAUGACAACCGACCUGGCAACCAAGCAGGAAGCGCCAGCAGUUCUAGGUCAGCGGCAGACCCUGCUGUUCAGUGCUACCAUGCCAAAGAAGAUUCAGGACUUCGCCAAGACUGCCCUGGUAGAUGCGGUCGUGAUCAACGUCGGCCGUGCCGGAGCUGCUAACUUGGAUGUGAUCCAAGAGGUGGAGUAUGUGAAGCAAGAGGCCAAGCUGGUGUAUCUGCUGAAAUGCUUGCAGAAGACACCACCCCCAGUCCUGAUUUUUUGCGAGAACAAGUCGGAUGUGGACGAUGUUCACGAGUACCUCUUGUUGAAGGCCGUCGAGGUUGUGGCAAUCCAUGGAGGCUUGGACCAGGAAGAACGCCAUGAAGCAAUCCGAUCCUUCAAGGAGGGUUCCAAGGACGUGCUGAUCGGCACGGACGUGGCUUCAAAAGGUCUGGAUUUUCCGGCCAUUCAGCAUGUCAUCAACUUUGACAUGCCGAAGGAGAUCGAAAAUUAUGUGCACCGCAUUGGGCGAACAGGCCGAUGCGGUCGAACGGGUGUCGCCACGACGUUCGUCAACAAGAAUCAGGACGAGACCAUUCUGCUCGACUUGAAAGCCUUGCUGCUUGAAGCUGGCCAGCAUGUGCCUCCCUUCCUCAUGCAGCUGGACUCCUCUGCGGGCGGUCGAGAAGAAGAGGAAAUUGGUGGUGUCAAGGGCUGUGCAUACUGUGGCGGUCUGGGUCAUCGUAUCAGCGACUGCCCCAAGCUGGAGACCACAAGACAGAAGACCACCUCCGCCACAAAGGACUACCUCACGACAGGAGCGGCACGCUAUACAGGUGCAGAAGGUUAUGCUGGCGAUUGGUGA